GUUUUAACCGGAAAUAAACCACCUUGGAAUAUUUGAAAAAAAUGGCGGUUUGAUUUCUCUGUUGUUAUUCUUUCAAAACACUGCCAAAAAAUGUCAAAUAUCGAGAAAUUAUUCGAAGAUUUAUGUGAGUUUGAAGCAUGUCACGCUCGAACGACAAUAAAUUCUGCAACUGCUGAAAAACUUUUUGAAUUAAUGUAUGGAAUUCGUAAAAAGAUGGAGGAAUUGGACAGUUUGAAAAAUGCUGCUAGUGAGGUUAAGCAGAACGUUAGCGAGUUGAUGAAUGACGUUGAAGAUAGCAUUGAUACCGAAACCACUUCGCUAGAGAGAAGUGGCGAAAGUUUAACGCAAUUUAAAAAUUCGCAUGAGAAGCAGAUCGAAGCAUUAAAUCGAGAUUUAAUUGCGAAAAACGAUGAAAUAAAUAUCAGAAAAGGAAAAAUACAAGCAAAUGAAGUCAAAUUGAAAAGAACUCAAGAGUUUACCGUCAUUUUAAAGAGAAUGUAUGAACUUUUAACGAAAACGCGCCUAGAAUAUGCCAAGAACGGUGAAUAUCGGGGUCUUGCUAUAAGCAAUGGGAAAAUAAGGCCUUUCGAUAUUAACAUGAAAGAACACAAGGAGGAGUAUAUGUCAGAUCUCUUAUGGAACACUAUCAUUGAAUAAGGCCCAAAACUUUUUUACUUUCUACUUUUAUAUUAAAAACAAAAGUUAUUAAUUUUUAAUCAAAAUUUUUUAAAUACACUAAGCCUAAUCUUCUGUAUAAAAUAUUAAUAUUUACAACAAUGCCCUAAAUCCUCCUUGUAAACUCAUGGUCGGUUAGUAAACUGUACACAAGCGCCAUCUAUCGUAUAAUUUAGUAAUAACAUGAACUGGAAAAGUAGCUGGCGUGGAGAAGAAAAAUAAAUAAUCUGCUAUAAUCUGACUUGACAUUUGGAAUUUAUAAAGCUUAGGCAAGCGGUAUAUUCUGAUAGUUCUAUCUCAUACAAAAUAUUCUUGAUGAAAGAUUAAAUGCAAAAGUCGAAAUGUAUUCGGGAAAACUUUUUAAUACAUAAGAGUAUGGCAUUAAUUUUUAAUUGAAUGGAAACUUAACGUGCAAAUUUUUCUCAACACACUGAAAUAAAUAAAUAAAUAUGUAUAUAAAUAUGCAUAGAUUAAAAUAUACACAUAUAAAUUAUUAUAUACAUUGUAUAAAUAGAUUUUUACGCUCCAAAAUUAAUACUUAUUUUUUUUUUUAUAAAAAAAAAUAUAUAUUCUUUAGCACCUUAUUCUUAGUAACCAAACGAAUUCAUGCAUAGUAAACGGGUAGUUCUUUUUUUUUAUUAUUUCUUUUUAGGUACAGUGCAUAAAAAUGUUAAGUGCAUUUAUAUUUUCAUAUGCGUGUAUGUUUAUAUUUAUAGUGUACAUAUAAUAUAUAUAUAUAUAUAUA